CCUAAAUUCAUUCAUUCAUUAGCAUCACAACAAGUAAGCAAUUUGCAAGUAAAACGAUCAUGAUCUCCAUCACAUUCCGCCUAUCAAUCUCGUCUAUAUAUAGAGCUAUAGCAACCAAACCAUCCAUGGUCUUUCACCAUCUCAUCAUCCAGACAUCAACUGCCAAACUGGUAAAAAUGAGCCAAGAUUUGGUAGGAGGUAGUAUUAGCAGCGACGAGCUGUUUGAAGCUCAGGCUCGCGCCAGGAAUUUUGCCUUCAGCUACAUAGUUUCCAUGGCGCUAAAAUGCAUCGUCGUGCUAGGAGUGCCCGACGCCAUCCACCGACAUCAGGGCCCGACCUCACUUUCCGACCUGGCCUCCUCCCUUCCCCUUCCCCUUCACCAUUCCAAGGUUGACGCUCUGCGACGCCUCAUGCGCCCGCUGGUCCACGCCGGAUUCUUCACUGCUACCGUCAAAGGUGGCGGAGCUGAUCAUGAGCAACUUGGAGGAGAAGAAGAAGGGGAAGAUCAUUACUACUCCCUCACCACCAUGGGCAAGCUGCUCCUCCCUGGCGGUUCACUAUCCCCUUUCAUAGACCUCCACCUCGACCCAAAAGUGAUGACGCAGUGGGGAAUGCUGAGCUCGUGGUUCCUCUACUGCAGCGACCCGGUGCCGUUCGAGGUGGUCCACGACGGCAUGUCGUUUUGGGAGUGGCUGGACAAGGAGCCGGACCAGAAGAAGGCGUUCGGCGGGGUCAUGGUCGAGGACUCCAAGCUGGUGGCGAGGGUGCUGGUGUCGGAGUGCAGGGAGGUGUUUGAAGAAAGUGAGAUGGAGUCGUUGGUUGACGUCGGCGGCGGCGCCGGGACGAUGGCUAUCGAGAUUGCCAAGGCGUUCCCGAAGCUCAAGUGCACUGUGUUCGAUCUCCCUCGCGUGGUUGCCAACUUGAAGGAGGGAGAUGGUGUUAAGGGUCUUGAGAAUUUGGAGGUCGUUGGAGGGAGCAUGUUUGACAAAGUUCCCCCCACAGACAUAGUCCUCCUCAAGUUGAUUCUUCAUGAUUGGGAUGAUGAGAAGUGCCUGAAGAUUUUGAAGUGUUGUCGGGAGGCAGUCUCCCACGAUGAAAAAAAGAAAGGGAAAGUGAUCAUCAUAGAUAUGGUGAUGGGCCAUAAGGCUGUGCUCGAAAAUCACGAGUUGUCUCAAGUGCAGUACUGCUUCGAUCUGCUGAUGCUUGUUAAUUUCAAUGGAAAAGAACGAAAUGAAAAGGAAUGGCAGAGCUUGUUCAUGGCGGCGGGUUUCAGCGACUAUAAGAUAAUUCGUUCGUUGGGUCCAAAAUGCCUUAUCGAAGCUUAUCCUUAACAUGCAUGCAUGGCCUUCGUCACCAAUGCUAGUUGUGUGCUCCACGUGUCUUUGCCAUCAGCAGUCAAGUCUGGUUUAUUGGCGUGUUGUUGCUGGAAGUAAGACGUGAUCUGCAGAGUAUCUGUUUUUUUUUUUUUUUAAUAUGAUGUGUAAUCGUUUGUCGAUUUGAGAGGGUAAAAAAAUGGGAACUGUUGG